UCUCCCUGGCAGUCGGUGCCUGGGCUCCGCUGUUCGUUAGUUCGCAGGCGGGACCUUGACCAUGUCGUCCUUUUCGUCCCCCUACCCGUCUCUGAAGCCUGCGUGGUCCCUGCCAUCUGACCUCUGGCUCCUCAGAGAGCUUUCUUCAGACUCCAAAGCCAGUACUUUAAUUCUCUCAUCCUCCCCCACUGAGGUCCUAGUGCAGGGCCGAGGGGCUGCUGACCGGUUCCGUAAGAUGGCCAGAAUCCUAGCGCACAUCUGCGGGUUGACCCUGAGCUUGAAAAGAUAUAUUGGAAAUAGCCCAGCAGUACAGUGGGUGGCCUUCCAUUUGAAGAUACAAAAUAGAAUAAGAAAUGGAAUGUUAUUAAACAUCUUCACUGAAGCUAAAAUGAAUCUGACCAAGGAUUCUGCCAUACUUAAGAGUCUGUUAUCUGUUUGCCCACAUCGAAGAAGUGUAGAAGAUUUCAGACAAAUUCAAGAACAUUUAAAGAAGAACAUCUCAUUUCAGCAUUUGCCAAAUGAAGUCCAACUCCAACGUUGCCAAAUUGUAAUCUAUCAUGAGUACGAAGCUAAAAGUGUAAUUAUAAAGAAAGGACGCUGGCCAAUGGAAUGCUACUUUGUGCUUUCUGGAAAAUUAGCAGCUGUAUCAAGUUUAACAGCUGAAAAUUCCAACUCAGAAAUUAUAAGUGAAUUUGAAGAAGGAGACUUUGUAGGGGAAACUUGUCUGUUAACUAACACCCGCCGACCUACUACAAUUGUAUGCAAAUCAGAUGCAGAACUUCUGGUGAUAAGUAAGAAGGACUUCGACUACAUUCUCUCAGAUAUAGUACAAGAACAAUUUCAAGGAAUGUGCAGCUUCAUAAGGGAUCUGCCAAUGUUCUCUCCCUGGUCAAAAGAGAAGAUUGAUUAUCUUGUUCACUGUUCCUCACUCAGACGCUAUAGGGCUGGGUUUCUUGUCUGUGAAAAUUUAUACUCCAACUACCUCAUCAUAAUCAGAUCGGGUCGGUGCCUGGUAAUGGCCCAGAUAGGAGAGAAUAUAUCUUCACGAAGCAGUUCGGACACACUGAAGUCAGCAUCUACAAGUUUUUUCAAGAAACAUCUUUUGGCUCCUCGGAUAACAUCAGUUACCUCAUUGUCAGCACAAUCCUGGGUAACUUCAUCAGCAUAUUAUGGUAUUGAGUUAAAUUAUUUGGAACAAGGAAAAAUUUUUGGCUUGGUAGAAAAAAUGAAGAAACCAAGUGAUGUACAUUUCAGGCUGGUUAGUGAAGGAGCUGAGUGUAUUUUUAUUCCCACAAAAAUCUUUCUAAUGGAAGCACCCAUUAUAUCCCAGCAAAUGGCUAUAGGGCUGGUGAACAUUUAUCCCACAAAGGGCACAAUUAAGGAGCACCUCAUCAAAAAGCAAGCUUGGAAUAACUACAAAGCCAGGGUUGUCACUCAGCAACUAAAGAGAAAGGCCAGGAUAACCUCAUCCUAAAUUUCUUUUUAAAGAAUAUUAGCAGUGAUGCCGAGAAGACUUUAGAUUUAAUUAGAGGAGGGAGAAAAUGCUAGUGACUCUUGAAGAGACAGGACAUACUCCUAAAUGGUUGCAGGCGUAGAAGCAAUUUACACCUGUUUAGUGUAUCAGGGAAGGUAAUGAUGCCAUUUCUUUGCUGACUUGAAACUAUCACAAAGGUCUUCUCUGCCCGUUGAGAAAAGGAAAUUCAUGCACAUUCGUGAAAAUGCAAUCAAUUUGAAUGACAGUAAGACUGAGUUCAAAUUCUUCAUGUAAAUAUAUGCAUAUGCUGGGUUCACAUAUUAAACAAUAUAUUGCUACUGUCUGUUUAAUAUUGAUGUUGUACUUUGUGUCACAUGCUUCAAAACACUGUGACAGCCUCAAGCAAUAAAGAAGGGAAAAAAACUGAGAGAACCGUAUGCAGUGCAAAAGAGCACUGUAUGAAGCACUCAGAAACAUCAAACUAACUUUGUUGUUGUUUUUGUUUGUUUGUUUUGCCUUGCUAAAGACUGCAGCUUGGCUAAAAAUUUCAUCUUUAUGUUUUACGC